GGGUGCUAUGGCUAUAGAGAUUGAAACAUUAGAGGCCGUGCCCUUGAAUGAGAAAUCGGAGGCUUGUCAGUGGGCCAACGAUGGAGACGAGCUGGUCAAUCCGGUGAUUGAAAGCGCAGAAUUUGCUUUGAAGGAAACUGACCUCGUUAAGAUCAACCCAGAAGGUGUUAGAUCUGCGGCACAACAUGUUCAUGAACGUCUUAUUUCCGAGUCUUACAGCCCUCGUACAUGGCGCACGCACGCCCUACACCUCUGUCCGCCCGAACCUUACGAUCCGCUCAGCCCCCAGACGCGUGCCACUCUUGACUGGGUCUUCUUCAUCUCGGCCCUCAACUUCAGUUUUUGGUCUGAGAAGGAGGGUACGGAUGAGAGGUAUGGUGUAGAGUGGCGUGAAGGUUGGGGGAGCGAGAAGAGGAAGGUCCAUACGGGAUAUUGGAGUCUUGUUGCCGCUGUGGACAGAGCGCUGGAAGAUGGUAUCCCAAUCACAGACCCAACAUUCUACUGCUCCGAGAUGCUCUGCCCGGACGAUCUCAUCGAGGAGGUAUUCGCUCCGGCGCCACAAUCCACGGAAACGGUGCCACUCAUUCGAGAGCGGAUCCAAGUGCUGCGUGAAGUCGGUUAUAUCCUUUGUGAAAGUUUUGGCGGUUCUUUCCAAGGACUUCUCGAACAGUUCCAGCGUCGCCACACUGGCGAAGGCACCGCACUCCAACUCGUCCAAAUGGUAACCGAAACAUUUCCCUCAUUCCGUGACGAAACAUGGUUGGAUGGACGACGAGUUUUCAUCUGGAAGCGCGCCCAAAUCCUCGUCGCCGAAACCUGGGCCGCAUUCUACCCUCCAUCGCCCCUCCCAUCCUCCGCGCACCCGUUUUUCCCCAAGGGAAUCCAUCAACUCACAAUGUUCGCAGACUACCGUGUUCCUCAGAUCCUGCACCACCUCCGCAUCCUCACAUAUCCUUCUUCCCUCACUCAUAUCCUCAAGAUGCAUACACCGUUGCAGAACGGGUCGAGGGAAGAAGUGAGUAUCAGGGCGGGGAGUAUCGUGGCGGUGGAGAGGGUGAGGGAGGAGAUUGAGAGGCUUGUCGAGGAGAGAAGGAAGUCUAGUCUUGCUAAAGGUAAUUCCGAGGCAGAGAAGGAGAGAGUGAGCAGUGUGAUCAUUGACUUUUAUUUGUGGGAUUUGGCGAAGAGAAUAGAGAGCGGGAAUGAUAGAAUCGAGGGGACGGAGACGGAUGAGAUCGUCCCUGCUCAUCGGACGAGGAGUAUCUGGUAUUGAGGGUAUAAAUCAAGGUUUGAAUUCGUACUAACUAACUUACUGACUGCAGCCGGCUCUCUGGCUGAUGGUGGGCGGUGCUUAAUUUACUGUAUGUGCUCUUGGGUAUUUUGCGUUACACUUCUUGAUCUUACUAUUCC